AUGGCAAAAAUGACCCCAGUUUUACGAUGGCAUUUAUCUGUGCUACUUGCACUGUAUCUUGCGUGUACCUUUAUUCCAAAUAUUAAUGCAGAAGAUGAAGGUACAAACCCAGUGACCAGUUCUAGUAAUUUGGGAGUCAAUAACACCCUUCUGCCAGAGGAUGAAAUAGAAGAAACAGAUGAUUUUAAUAGUACAGCAAAGGUGCCAAGUAAUUUCACAACAAAUGGAACAGACACAGAUUAUGAAGAUAUUGAUAAUGGCACCUAUACAACUGAAUAUCCAGAGGAAAACAUCACAACCCCAUCAACUGAGCUUCCAGCAACCCUGCUUCCUGGCACUAAUAUCAGUACAGAGCUAAUUGUGGAUGAUUUCUGUCUGUGUGAUCUGAAGGUUGGAUAUUGUGACAUAAACUGUUGUUGUGAUGAGGACUGUGAUGCAGAUGAUCGGCUGGUGUUUUCUCAUUGUCUGGAGCGUCCACAGAAUAUAUUAGAUCCAAGGUACUGUUUCCAGCAACGUCUCAUCUUCAGUAACAACACAGAGUAUACUGUAGAGUAUAAUGAUGGUGGAGUAUUCUGCAUUGUAACAGACAAUUUACCAGAACGGACUACCUACACAGCUGUAAAGGGUGCAACUAGUAUAGAAGAGUUUGAGGAUCUUAAGAAGGAAGAACCUCAUUACUCUUGGGUGCAGAGCCGACCCUCGCUCAAGUUUUCUGAAGAACCAUAUGUAGACGGCUCACCAUUGUGGGGAUUCAGCUAUGAAGGAUAUGUUUUCAACAUUGGUAUUCCUGACUCAGUAGUUGGAAAUGAGUGUGAAGCUGAAACAGGCAUGCGUUUCCUCCAGGAUUUCCGGUCUUCCUGUUACAGGGUCUUCCAUUACCUUCCUGAAGAUUGCCAAAUAAAUCAAAAAUUAAAUGCACUUCAUUAUUUAUCUUUCUAUGUGAUUGCAGACCCAAGUAACUUGUAUCAGAAUGCAAGUUCAGAUAAUUCAACUGAAGCACCAACAGUCUUACCCACAACAACAGAAAAUCCAAGUGAGGAAACCUCAACUGAUUCUUCUGCAACUUCAAAUCCAGCUGAACUGUUUUUUUUUCAGAAUGCAAGUUCAGAUAAUUCAACUGAAGCACCAACAGUCUUACCCACAACAACAGAAAAUCCAAGUGAGGAAACCUCAACUGAUUCUUCUGCAACUUCAAAUCCAGCUGAAACUGUUACUCCAUUUGAGAGUGAAAGCACAACCACUGGUUCAACAAACAAGCAGUUAGAAAAGACAGACCUAAGUGAAGGAGUAAAAGCUGCAUUGAUGGAUAUAACUUCAGCGGAAGGUCUAAUAAUGUUGGAGGAAAUGGUCGUGGAUCAAAUGCAACUUCUGCCAAUCAACGUUUCCUUGUGUCAUUGGGAAGAUUCAAAAGAAGUCUGUGUAAACAUACCUUUGACUGAUAUACCACAGCCAUUAUACAUUAAUGGUAUUUGUCAAAAUGUUGUUACAAGCAUUUUUUACCAAUUUACUCACAAUGGCACAGAGGGUUUAUCAAAGGUGCAUGCAAAAGUUCAUUUGACAAAUGUCAGCGGCCAAAUGACACAGUCAUCUCAGACCUUUGAGACUAAGUACAUGUGGGCAUCUUCUGAAGACCUCAUCAUAUUUGAAAGAAGUGGUCGGCCUGGCUAUGCAUAUGGAAAGCCUUUGCUAUUAGGAAAACAUGUGGAAAAUGUAACAGAGGAAGGAGAUUUGAAAGAAGCCAUCAUCCUUGAUAUAGAUCCUGAGAACUGGCUGACUGUACUGUCUCCAGGGCCAGAAGGGGCCUGCAACCACCGCACUAAGGUCACUUUUGGUCAAGAUAUCAGAUCAGGAUGUGCCGUGAAAGUAACCCAAAAUGACUUAGCAAAUCGGUGCCAAGCUUUACAGAAGAAAUUUCAAGAACUUCUUCUGGGACCUGUAUUGCUGAAUUCUAAUGGUUUAAGAAUAGCAUCGUAUGGGGACUCAAAUGUCAACAAUGCAGCAGAUUGGGUUCCAAUUCUUGUACCAGAGAAACCCAGAGCUGUAUCAUUUUCAAGUUCAAUACUUGGUAAAACAAAGUGUGCUGAGUUGGUCCUCUCUAUGCAUCUAGAAAUAGCCUUCAGUCUUCAGGGUGCAUUAGCCAAUCCACAAGCAAAAGUCGUGGGCAUCGUUCUUCGUUAUGGAGAACCUCAGGACAUUGCCAUCACUUGCACUGGACCAUCUUGUCAGAACCAGACAGUUCCUGUAGAACUUGUGUCUUCAGUAUCCUUUGUAGAUGUCACUCAGUCUGCACAACCAGCAUUUGCACAGCCACCAAGAUUAGAUUUAAAGCUACCUUAUGACUUCUUUUAUCCAUUCCUGCCUUCAUCAAGUAUGCCAGUUUAUGAGAAGAAUUAUAUGUGGAUUUUUAUUUUAACGUCUUGUGUAUUAUUUGUUUAAUCAGUUUUUCAAAAGAUUGUUUUUUUAUGCAUUAUAAUAUAUGUUUUUUCCCAGAAAAUGGUAAGAGGAUGAAAUGUGUCUGUAUAUAUAUUAUAUUUUUUUAUUUAAACACAUUAAAUUUUUUUUAGGUUGGCUAUUUUAAUCAAGAUCUGAAGAAAAUCAUAUUCUAUUUCUAAUGUUAGUGAUUAUUCCUUAUUUCUGACAUGCAUAUCAUUUGACUGUGAUUUAUUUAUUGAGACCUAUAAACUAUUCUAAAUGUCACACCUCCUUCAGAAAUUUGACUCUUUAUUUCAUUACCCCAUAGGGCCCCUUCACUUUCCCUUUCUUAUCAUGUAGCCAACAUAUACUAUAUUCUAGAUACAACUGAGUAGAAGUAGUACUGAAAACUAGCCAUAUGAAACUGCCAACCAACCAAUUCUUUAAUACCGUGCUGUUCUAAUCAUAUGCAUUUAUAUUUGGUGCUUAGAUGCAGGGGAUACGAAAUUAAUUCCAGUCACUUUCAGUACUGCAAAUUUGAUUUUUGAGUGUUUUUAUACAAAUAUAACAAUAGAUGUGUUUCUACAUAAACUGUGAAAUUCUUCCUUUAGCAGAUUUAGGUUUUAUUUUCAUUGAAACUGUAAUUUACAUAGUUAUAUGGCAGUUUGUACAGUAUGGAUCCUUCUUUUAUUCCAUUGAUCUGUAUAAGAUUUAUAGGUAUUUUUGAUGAUCUUUCUCAAUUAACUCACCAUCUCUAGUAAAGUAAUUGUGUAGUGAGCUAAAGAUGAAGUUUGGUGCUCUGCUUCUACUGCUAAGGUUCAAACACUUUUGUGCCUCAAAACAUUAAACCACUAGUUUCAUCAUCACUGUGGCUUCCAUAGCAUUGGAGCAUUCUUUGUAACUAAUGCUGAUAUCUGAUAUAACAAAAAAAACUUGUGCUUUUAUAUUACUGUAAAAAGUGCAAAUGACAUCUUUUGGUAUUUGAUUGAUAGAUUUGUGAAACAAUGGCAUAUAAUAUUUAUAAAUAUUGUAUUUAGUGCAGAUGGUAAUGCAGAAUGAUGUUUUAUUACAGAAAGUGUAUUUACAGUUUUUUUGGAAGUAAAACGGCUGUAACUGAAAUAUUUUCCAGUCUUUAUAUAUAUAUUUACAAGUUGGAGGAAUAUAUAGUUCCUCCAAAUAAUGGACUGGCUAGCCAAGAUGAAUGUAUGUUAAUGAAUAGUCAAAAAAGAAUAAAACAAAUUUGGAAUAAUAUUUAAUUCUCCAGUGCUCAAAUGACACUGAUGGUUAACAUCCUUAGAGUUUUAUAUAGAGUGGAUGGGUUGAGCUUGUGGGUUGACCAUGAUAUGAAAAAUGGUGCACUUUUUAUGUCUUAUUUUAUCAUCCUAGGGAAAUUAACUAAUAGAUUGUGUAUGCAUUACUUUCUAAUGCAUGGUCAGAUUAUCUGCAAUUUUGUAUGCCUAGGUUUACUCAGGAACAGUUUUGCCAUAUGAUAUUUCUCUAAGCAUUAUACAGAAACAUUUAUAAAAGCAGGGAACUAAUGUGCCAUCCAUGAACCUUUCUGAUUGAUAAUGCUUUGUUGUGUUCAUACUCUUUUGCCAGAAAACCACUGAACGAGGAUCUUGUAAGCCAUUACUGAGAAAUGAGAAUGUAUUUUCAAUAUUUUUUCUAGUCAAAUGUGUCAAGUGUUUGCACAAUGUAUGUAGUGUCUUAUGUGGAUUGUAUAGCCUUAAGGUGUGUGCCUUAUAUACUUAUUUUGUUUUUUUAUUUAUUUUUUGUGUACUCUUAUUUUUAUACGUAUAAUUUUUUACAAUAUGUAAAAGUGCUUUAUAAUACAUUUUGCCGAGCCAUAGAAUUAAAUGAUAAAACAACCAUG